AUGUUGAAUACUAACGAAAAUACUAAAAUGAAUAAAAUACAAGAAAAAUCUUAAAAAAUACACCUUAAUACCAUAGUUCAAUUUGGUUUCAAGCUACAAAAGCAAACUCAAUUAUAAACUCUUAAUGAUCGCAUUAGCAACCUCAAAGCUGAUUAACUAUAAGCGAAAAAUUUAGACGCCUAAUCUCAUACAUCACAAAUUAAUCUUUCUGAUAAGAAUGUUCGACAGAAUGUAAGCGUCAACCAUGAAAAUACUCAAUAGAAAUUAAAAGAAUAAAAUAAAGUAUAAACUUUAAUAAGAGAGUUAGAAACCAAUCAGCAGCAACUUUAGUCUUUAUCUCUCUUAAAUAUAUCAAAUGAGAACAGAGGAGUAGUGAUAGCUCCAAAGAAAUCUGCCAGUCAUGUUAGGAGUUAGUCCCUAACUAAAUAUAACUAAUAUCAAAUUUAGUAGUAAAUAGUAGAUAGAGAGAAUAUUUAUACAAGGAAAACUGAAAGAAAUGAUAACAUCUUGAACUAGAUUAAGAAAAGAAAUUAGUCGAAAAAUAUGAAAUCUGAUAGGAACAGAUUACCAAUUUUGAACAGUAAUGGCAAUGCCAAUGCGGGUAAUAAUAGUCUUAUAUAGAUUAAGGACAAAUAGCUAUUAACUAAUCAUUAAUCACUUAGUACAGUCCAUAGAACUACCAAAUUUGAUGAAUUCAAAGCAUCAGCAAGUUUACUCUAUAAUUACAAAUAAGAAAUUGAAUAACCACUCUAAAGCUUUAGAAUCGAUGCAUAUCCCAUUAAUACUCCAAUUAAGCCUAUCUCUACUAAAUAUCAAGGGGUUUUUGGCAACUUAGAAGGCUUCACUCUUAUCAGUAAUAACUAUUAAAAUAUCGGUAGCUCUAGUUUUAUCGAAGAAUCCCCUAAUAAAUCAAGAAACCACGCCUUUAACUUCCAACAAUCUGUGAGUGGGUUUAAGCUAAUUGGCUAAUCACCCUUGUAGUAAAAAUCAGUUAACAUGAUGACUAGUUUGAGUAAGAUCAAGAACGUUAUUGAAGCAGAAAAUAGUAACCCUUAUGAGUAGCAGGUAAACUCGCAUAAGGCCCCCUCUAAAAUUCAUAGGAAAAAGAACCAAUCAUUUGAAGUGAUUCCUCAUAAAAACAUUGAGAAAUGCCAACUACCGAAAUUAGAUUAAAGUAACUGUCAAAAGAUUAGACUGAAGCGCAGAAUGAUAAAGUUCAGCAAUGAACUAAAUUCUUCUGAAGAUAGGUAGAGGCCUCUGCCCAACAUAAAAAUAGUCAAUUACAAAAAUCUUAAGCAGCAGAAUGCUGAAAGCAGAUAAACAAUCAAUAAUUAUAUUUCAACAGCAACUGAUACUCAAGAAGAUAUGAAUAGUAGUUUUUACGACCUUGAUCAGAAUAUCACUCUCAACACAAGCAAUUAAGCAGAUUAAUAUCUGUUGAAAGAUGCUGAUAAGUUCUUUGAUAAAAGCAUAGUAGAGUAAAUUUAUAGAAAGGACUCACUUGCUAUCACAGAGGAGCAUUCAAUAAGUCUCUCACCAGAUAACAGGAAUUAAAGACAUCCUUAGAUCAGUGCCUUCAUCAUUAAGAAAAACAAGUAAUGA